UCUUUUCAAACCGAGCUUCUUGAUCUUUAGGUCUGCAGAGUCUGACAAGAAAUGCACAGAUGGUUUUGAAUGUCUCCCAAGUCAGCAGAAAGUGAGGGAGGCAUACAGAGGAACACACAUAAACGUGCCUGCAGGCAGCCAGCACAUGAAGACGAUUCCCAUUCCUAAAUCUAUGAUGUCUGCACCCUUCUUACAGCAUCCAGCCCUUACAGCUGGACAGAGAUGCUACCUUUGCAGUAUAGCAAAUGUUUACAGUACAGAGCACAUGAGGCAGCAGAUGAAGCAGCAUUAUCUCAAAGUGCUGCGCACUUGUGUUCAGUCAGGUGAGAAUCCAACCUGCAGAAGGAGGUACUGGGAUCAUCGGCACAGAGGAAAUGGUCCUUUUCUGAAGGAUGCAGAGAAGGAUGUGACGAAGGGAAAGCCGCAAAGGCAGAGUAAACGCAACAGCAGCAGCAGUACAGCUAAUUCUAACGUCAUACUUCCAAAAAUAGUCAACAGAUGACAAAUCAAAUGCCAAAUGGUUUCACUGUUUUCAAGGCUUUAUGGACCGUAUAGUAAGUUACUAUUGCAUAAAAUUUCAAGAUGACUUUGAAUGUCCAAAGACUUGUGUACAGUCACUUUUACACAGACGUGCACACAUUACAAGCACUAGUGGGUUUAGAGCAGGGGUCUUCAACUGGCUGUCCGUGAUCCCUACGGGGUCCGCAGAGGUACUCCAGAGGGUCUGCCAAUUUUCACUAAAAUAAUUUGUGAGAAUAUAUAACAAAAAUGAUAUAUGAUACUAACAUAACAUGAACAGCAACUAUGGGAAAAGAAAAAAAAGGCGAGGAAAGGUGUUGGAUGAACAUAAAUCAAUAACUUAUAGGUUGAUGAAUUGAAGCAGAAUGGAUAAAUUUGUCACGGUUAGUAAGGUAAAAUAAAAGGUGAAUAAAGUAAAUAUAAAAGUUUUUAUAGGCUAGGCUUAAAAUG